GCAAGAAAAAAUUAUCCGCCCACACAAUUUUGUUUCGAGAAUCGUGACAUCGAAUGUCCGUGAUCCCACCACAGUGCCACCUUUAGUAUUAUUGUGCCAAUUAUAAAGUGUAGUAAUGUUUCUUUAAAAGCAAAAAGUGCGCGCGUGCAUUGUGCAACCAUGAGAAAGUUCCACCGAUUUUUGGUUUUCAGCAUAGCUCUGCUGAUCCUGUACCUGCUCUAUCGCUACUCCUUCCAAGUGGACAGCGAUGGAAACUUCCUCUUUUUGAAACCGUUGGAAAGCAGUGGCGGUGGCGACGGAACCGGAUUUCUAACGUUGCUGCAAUCGUCGGAGGUGGAUCAUAAGAAACCGGAUGCCAACCGAUUGGUCAAUUUGACCGACUUUCACUUCCGCAUAGCAAACGACGUUUGCAAGGAAAACGGAAGCUACUCGGAGUUGUUGGGUGUGAUCAUGGUCACGUCGUACGUUGGAAACGAUGCACUGCGGGCAGCGCAUAGGCAAGCCAUUUCGCAGCAGAAACUGAUAUCGAUGGGACUGUUGAGGAUUUUCUCGCUGGGCAGCAUUCCGGAAAAGGAGAGGUUUAUCACGCAGAAAGCGAUUGAAAGCGAACAGGUGCUGUUCGGUGAUUUGAUUCAGGGGAAUUUUCAGGAAGCGUAUCGAAACCUGACGUACAAACACGUGAUGAGCCUCAAGUGGGCAACCGAACAUUGCCCGAGGGCUAGGUUUGUGAUUAAAAUGGAUGAUGAUAUCGUGUUCGAUCCGUUCUUUAUUCAGAACUACCUCUCCGAUGUGGGCCAGAAGAAGGAGCAAGGUGCACUGUUGGCGGGAUUUGCUUUCAGCAACAAGAAGGUUAUCAGGCUGAAAGGCAACAAAUGGUUCGUUUCUAGAGAGGAGUAUCCUCGAGAUGUGUAUCCGCCGUACUUGUCCGGUUGGCUGUACGUCGCCAAUCAGAACACGGCCCGGGAGCUGGUGCUACAAUCGGAAUCGGUUCCAUUCUUCUGGAUCGACGAUACUUACGUCACGGGAAUUCUGGCGGGCCACGCCCGGAUCAAGCCAACGAGUCUGAACAAGUGGUUCAGUGCUAAUUCGGAAUUCCUGGACUGCUGCAUUCGGGAUAUGAAGCGAUUUUCCUACCAGUGCGAUUACUACGUCGGACCGAACGGGGGCAACAGUCGGUUGAUAAUGGAUUUCAUUCAGGAGCUGGAGCGAUGCUACGACAAUGCGUGCUACCAGCGGCCUAGUGGGAAGCCGCUCACCAAGACCUGUGUUGCCGAGUAUAAAAAUACCGUCGGACAGCAGCAGCACGGGACGGCACUGGUCAGCAUGAUGCGGCUUUGA